AUGAAGGUGAUUGCUGCUUAUAUGCUGGCUGUUCUGGGAGGGAACACCAGUCCCACUGCUGAUGAUGUGAAGAAGAUUCUCGGGUCUGUCGGAGCCGAAGUCGAUAAUGAUAGGAUCGAGUUGUUGUUGUCCCAAAUGAAAGAUAAAGAGAUCAACGAGGUAGUUGCCUCCGGGAGAGAGAAGUUGGCAUCUGUUGUUCCUUCUGGCGGCGCAGUUGCUGGUGUCGCACCCGCAGCCGGUAACGCAGGUGCUGCUGAUACUGCUUCAGCCGAGCAGAAGAAGGAAGAGAAGGUUGAAGAUGAAGAGGAAGAGGAUGGAGAUCUUGGUGAUAUCUUUGGCGAAGGUGGUCUCUUUGGCUCCGACGACUGA